AAAACUAACUUGUGGCUGGAAUAUGAACCUAAACUGUGCCAAGUUUCAUUCUACCCAGUACUAGCGUCCUGUUUUCAGUUACACGUACGAGUGCAGGCAGCCAUCCUCCCAACGUAUGCUUUCUUGUACCGAUAAGGAAAAACUGCUGAAGUCAUGAGGCUGACCCAGCAGAGCCCUCAUGUGAGUCAUACGAAAGCUCCAGCCUUACUGACCUCUGGCUAAAAGGGAGUGAACGAGGACAGGAGAGACAGAGAGGGAGAGGUUCAAGUGCGAGCUCUCUCCUUGAGCCUAGAAGAUUAUGGGUCAAGAGCUGUGUGCAAAGACUCUCCAGCCGGGAUGCAGCUGCCAUCGCUGUGGGGAGGGAGGCGAUGCGCACAGCUGUCAGAGGAGCGCGCCUGUGACGAUGGAGGCUGCGAUCGAGCUAACAGACCUAAAAGAAGCAUCUUGUUCCAUGACUUCAUUUCACCCCAGGGGACUUCAGGCAGUCCGUGCCCGGAAGUUCAAGAGUAAAAGGCCACGAAGUAACAGUGAUUCUUUUCAGGAAGAGGAUCUGAGGCAGGGCUUGCAGUGGCAGAGGAAGAGCCUCCCUUUUGGGGCAGCCUCAUCUUACUUGAACCUGGAGAAGCUGGGUGAAGGCUCUUAUGCUACAGUUUACAAGGGGAUUAGCAGAAUAAACAGGCAACUAGUGGCUUUAAAAGUCAUCAGUAUGAAUGAGGAGGAAGGAGUCCCAUUUACUGCGAUCCGGGAAGCCUCUCUUUUGAAGGGUUUGAAACAUGCCAAUAUUGUGCUCCUGCAUGACAUAAUCCACACCAAAGAGACACUGACAUUCGUUUUUGAAUACAUGCACACAGACCUGGCCCAGUACAUGUCUCAGCACCCAGGAGGGCUUCAUCCUCACAAUGUCCGGCUUUUCAUGUUUCAACUUUUGCGGGGCCUGGCGUACAUCCACCACCAACACGUUCUUCACAGGGACCUGAAACCUCAGAACUUACUCAUCAGUCACCUGGGAGAGCUCAAACUGGCUGAUUUUGGUCUUGCUCGGGCCAAGUCCAUUCCCAGCCAGACAUACUCUUCAGAAGUUGUGACCCUCUGGUACCGCCCUCCUGAUGCCUUGCUGGGAGCCACUGAAUACUCCUCUGAACUGGACAUAUGGGGUGCAGGCUGCAUCUUUAUUGAAAUGUUCCAGGGUCAACCUUUGUUUCCUGGGGUUUCCAAUGUCUUUGAACAGCUGGAGAAGAUCUGGGAGGUACUGGGAGUUCCUACGGAGGAUACCUGGCCUGGAAUUUCCAAACUACCUAACUACAAUCCAGAAUGGUUCCCACUGUCUAAACCUCAAAGCCUUCAGCGUGUCUGGAACAGGUUGGGAAGAAUUCCUGAAGCUGAAGACCUGGCCUCGUUAAUGCUGAAAGGCUUUCCCAGAGACCGCGUCUCCGCCCAGGAAGCCCUGGUUCAUGAUUAUUUCAGCUCCCUGCCAUCUCAGUUGCACCAGCUUCCUGAUGAGGAGUCUUUGUUUACAGUUUCAGGAGUGAGACUAAAGCCAGAAAUGUAUGACCUUUUGGCUUCCUACCGGAAAGGUCACCACCCAGCCCAGUUCAGCAAAUGCUGGUGAAAAGAAAGGGUGACAUCACCAUCUCCCUCCAGGGCAACAUUACUGCUGUUUCAGUUUUAAUUUGCUUCAGCUUACUGAGAAGCUUCGAAGUUAACUACACACUGGACCAGGGGUUUUAUACCGUCACCUGUGAUCUGGAGUAUUUUUCAGUGUUCUAAAUAUUAUGUCCAAAGCAACCUUACAUAAUACUUGAAGAAAAAGCAAUGGAAGAUUAUUGCUAUUGUCAUUUGACCAGAAUUUCACAGUGAUUGGCUCAAAAAUUAGACAUCGAUGGAAAUUGUCUGAGAAGAAGACUUCUGAAUAAUUCCAUCCAUGUCAUUAUUUGGUAGAUCCCUGGGCAGGAAGGACGACGGGACAGAUGGGAGACUGACAACGGAAGGAAUCUGUGAGCAGAGCUUGUGCUUACAGAAGCCUGUCACUCCUGUGUUCACUUACAAUCUCUCCCAACAAAAGGACUUCUGUGGCAAGGAGACGAUUAGUCUAAAGUUUAAAACAGUCUCCAGAGAAGAUAGUUUCUUGGAUAAAGUUGUCAACAAAAGGACUUGCUUAAGAUUCUUUGUUAUGGUUUCCUGGGGGCGCUUCUUCCUUCAUUAACCUGCUAUCAGAACACAUUACCACCCCACCCCAGCCAGGUUUUAGGAGUUUGGAUUGAGCUACUGGUUAGAAUUAAAUUUCAGGCUAUCUCCUUUUACUGAAUCCUAAUCGUCUGUGAUGACGGCAAAAGUGAUGAGGAAUCUAAGCUCUGAUUUGAUGGGAGAGAUACUGAGUGGAAAGAUAGGAGCAAAGAGUUCCAAAGGCGUAAUUCAAGCCCCGUUGCACCAUCAGACACACAGGCAUGUGCGCGUGCACAUAACCCUCAAAAAAAUGAGAGAUUCGUCUCAGCUAACACAUGUAUCAUUUUUCUACAAUGAUUCCUUCUGAAAGAAGCCAAGGAAACUCAAAUUACUUUGUCAAAGGAUCAUCUACUCAGGAAAUGUAGUAGCCUAGAAACCAAAGAACUUUAUAUAUGUUUUAGAAGAACAAGGAGGAACUAAUUAAGAGAGAAUUAAAAAAUAGUGCCUAUCCACCCAAAAUCUGAGACGGAAGAAGGGAAAAUGUAUAUAAAUAGUCCAAAGAAAUUGACCUUACUGAGCGCUUGAUUUUGCUAAGGCAUUUGACAAAGCCUGUGCAGAUAUACCUGAAAUACAAAACUGUGAGCUGGGUGGUGGGGCAGGUAUAUGAGCUCCAAGAACAGUUAUUUCAACCCACAGAAAGGCCGAUAGUGGCAUGGUACAAGGUUCAGUCCUGAGUUCCAUUCUGGUUGAAUAUUUUAAUCACUUGGAUAAAAUUAGAGAAAGUACACAAUUUACUCAUACAACUCACUGAAGUAAGUACCAUUAUUAUUAAUUUAUCACUUCCAUUUUAGAAAGGAGGAGCUGAGGCUCAGAGAAGUGAAAUAACUCCUCCAUGGUAGUGCACCAGAAUUAAGGUACAAAGCUCAGGGCUGGCUGUCUCUGGUAUCGAUGAUCUUUUCAGUAAUCACACACUUUACCAAAUCUAUAGAAUAUAUAAUUCCUGAAGAGGCAGCUGGUACUUAGUAUUGGAUCAUGAUUCAAAAGACUGAGACCUUGCUAAAAGCUAAUGUGUACCAACACACACCUGUUGGAACGGCCAGAUUCCAGAACAUCGACAACACCAAAUGUGGCUGAAGGUGCGGAACAAUAGGACCUCUCACGCAUGCUGGUGGCAAUGCAGAAUACUGCGGCUACUUUGGAAGACAGUUUGGCGGUUUCAUCCAAAACUAAACAUACUCUUACCAUAUGAUCCAGCAGUGGCACUCCUUGGUGUUUACCAAAAUGAGUUGAAAAUAUGUCCACAGAAAAACCUACACACUAAUGUUUAUAGCAGCUCUAUUCAUAAUAGCUCAAACUUGGAAACAACCAAGAAGUCCUUCAGUA